AUGCCACUGCUGGAACAGGUUGGAGCAGCGGUCGUCAAAAUCUACGAAGCUGUUCGCAACUCUUUUCCCUGGGAUGUUGCUUGUGUGAGGACGAAACAUACGGUCUGGAUUCACUGUAAGUUGUUCCGCAACUACGCCUUCUCCUCUGACUUCUCCGAGGCCAAUACCCAACUCAUCCUCGAUUUCUCGGUCGCUUCUGUCUGUCCAUGCUCAUUCUCCCAAGUCACCACCAACGGGCAUGUCGCUCAUCCUCGCUGA